AGGGUCAUAAUGGCACAGGUAGUGAACCUUCUAGCCUAUCAAGUUGUGUGACACGUGGUGAUAGUGUGCCUAGGUCUGGCGAUGUGCAAAGAACAGCUCGGACACCUGACACAAUAGAUGAAAGUAUUGAAAUCCUUGAUGCAGAUCAUGGAGAAGAAUCUGAGGGUCAUGAUGGCACAGAAAAUGAACCAUCUAGCCAAUCAAGUAGUGUGACACCUGGUGGCGGUUUGCCUAGAUCUGGCAGUGUACCAAGAACAGCUCAGACACCCAACACAAUUGAUGAAGAUAUUAUUGAAAACAAACUGGAGCUUGACAACAUGGAGGACAACCCUCACAAGACCACCACAAGAAUAAGGUCAGACAAUGAGGCGACAAAUAAGAC